CUCUUUUUUUGAUUAAUUAUAAAUUAGUAAAUUAUUUGAUUACUUAAUUAAUUGAUUGGAGUGUUUAGUUUAUAAGAAUCAUUUGUAUUCAAUUAUAAUUGUGUUUGGACGGUUUGUUGUUUGGUUUUCGUAAUUUCUCUUUGUGUGUUUCUCCCAAUUCAUUUAUCGGGUAGAAUUUUUUUUUCUUUUUCUAUGGAUCCAAAUGUUACCGAAGUCGAUUAACUUGUAACUGUUUCACAUGUUAUCGGAUUUGAAUUUUGUUUUUUUUUCCUUUCUCUCUCUCUCUCUUUCUAUGAUUUGGAAUUAAUGUUUAAUUUAAUUUAAAUUAAUUCUUAAACUUUAUCCCAUGUUUUGUAUUCAUCUCUAUUAACCUGUUAAUUGGAUUCACUAGUUAUCAUUUGAUUAUUACCUUAAUCGCCUGUCACCCUGUUCACUGUUUCUUUCUUUCAAAAUGCCUUUAUACUUGAAAGAGCUUUGUGAUUCUGUAAUCGAUUCACUUGAAUCUCCUCAAGAGGGUUUUGAAAUAAAAAUAAGAGAAGUUUUCUGUAAAAUGGAUGAAGCUUAUAAAUCAACUGGCCUAAAUGACAUUAAAAGAGCAGAAAAAUUAAGCUAUGAAUGUCGGCAUAUACUUGUUGUAUUACGUCUUUUCCCCAUCGAGCUGCAACUCGCUAUGAGUAAUUUAUACAAAAAAACAUUAUGGGGGUUCCUUAGCAUUUACCUUGACUUUAAAAUGAUGCUGAUUGAUGAGCAACCCAACAAAGAGGUUUACUUUGACAAAGUGUUGAAGGAGAUUUUUCUCCUAUUAGGUGAUGAUGAAAAAACUAACAUUUGGGGUGUUGUGGUCACUUCUCAUACCCUCAAUAGAAUUGAAAUUUUGAAAUUACUCGCCCGUCAAUGUAUUGAUGCCACCAAGACAAACAGAUACGAACACGAACAAUAUAUCAGAAUGAUCUGGGUGCUUCAUGUUUUCUUUUCUCAGUGUAAAAGAGCUGGAUUAAAGACUGAAGCCGAUAGAGUUCUGGAAACAGCUCUUAAACUUAAACAACCUACGGGUCUCUGUAAGUGGAUGUGCCAUCAUUUUCCUGGUUUUGGUUGGAAAGGAUUGACCGAUAUUAAUGUUCAUGAGACAUUAGUCUCAGAAAAACAACCCAGAUCAUUUUUCAAACAAGUUUACCAAUUUAUCUCCAAGGAGGACACUCUCAAAUAUCAGUUAGAUGAUCUUGGUACCAAUGGCACACGUGAGGAAGAUUCUACAUCUCAAUGCUCAGAGUCUAUUAGUAAUGCUACUGGAAAGCGUAACAACUCUUCCUCUCAGAAAGAGUCUGAGGCAACAUCAAAAAAAACUCGAACCGACGAUGAAAGUAAAUCUGAUGGUAAUGUUACAACUGAGGAUAAAUCCAAGAAAACUCGAGAAAACGAAAAAUCCAAUCAAGAGUCAGAGGGAAAAAGCUCUCAAGAUAAAAUUGUCAAUGAUUCAAGUAAGAAACCUGAUUCUAGUUCAAAACCAGCUAAAACUCUGGGUCCUGGCAGAGUCAAACCAAUCACCACAAGUGCCUUCUUAGAUGACGAUGACACAGUUGACUCAAAUAUGGGUGAAGAUGAUAAUACAGAUAACGAUAGUGAUGAAAGUAAGCAAGCAGAUAAAGAGAAUAAAAAAAAGUCGGAUGUACAAUCAGAAGAGGACGUUUCAAGUGUAAAGAAAGACAAGACAGGUAAAAAGAAAAAUAAACGAGUCGUUAAUUCAAGUGAUGAUGAAUCCAUGGGCUCUAAAAAUGGAGCCAUUUCUGGGGUAACAAAGCGAGUUAAGAAAAAUCCAGUCACAGAGAAAAGUACCAAAACUCCCAGUGAUUCAGAGACUGAUGUCGAUGAGGUCAAAAAAGAAACUAAAUUAAGAGUUUCCAAAUCAUUGAAAAGAAAAGUUGAUGCAGAUUCCGAUGAUUCUGACCAUACGAUAGCUGAAAGCGAUAUAACUGUCGAUAAUAAUGGUGAUAAUGUUGACGACGAACUUACUGAUCGUCGACCUGGAAGGAAAACUAAUUUAAGAUCUCAACCAGUGAAAAAACCUCAAUCAAAGAAACUUAAAGCUGAUUCUGGUGAUACAAAUGUCACCACAUUAAUACAAAUGGUAGAUGAUGAAGAUAAACAACAACAAAGUGAACCCGAAGUGUUGAAAAAACUGCCAAAUGCAGAUGAGGAAGAACUUGAAAGGAUUGUAGAGGAGUACAUGAAUGGACCUUUUCGUUGUAUUUUUGAAGAUUUCGAAAAUGAAAAAUUAUAUAUCGGAACAGAGCCUUUCAUCAAUCUAUCUCCCGUUCCAUCAAUAGCCGUCGAUACCCCGAAAGAGUCAACACUCGCUGACGUGUUACACAACAAUAAACAAAAAGCCAAAGCGCAAAAAGCAGGAAAAAACUUUGCUAGAAGGAGAAAAAUAUGCAGAUAAACAUUGAAUCAUUUUCUUGCCAUUUGCACGAGAAAAAGGUUGCGAAUUAAUAUUGGUGUAAAUUAUGAUCGAAUUUUCUUCCAUAAUUUGUGACAAAAUUGUUUCUCUGAUGUUGCUCGUCCAAAGUCAGUAUUCACCGUCACAGAUCAUCUCCCUCAGAUUGAACCUCAUCUCAUCCAUGUACAAUCAUCUUCAACAAUUAGCAUGACCGUGAAACAAACCAAUUCAAAUUUCAUCAAAAAAUCAUUCCCUUUCUUCCUGAAGCCAUUUUUUCAAUCAUCACCACCGAACAAAUGGAAAACAAAAAUAACUACAAGCUUACAAUUUGUGUGAACAAGUAAUAGUGUUUUUGAGCUUUUGCAAACCUUAUCGAAUCAUGUAAAUCGAAAGUGACCUCUAAUUACCUCACAUGUUCUCUUCUUUUUUUUUGUAACUCGAAUGGACGUUGACUCAACUGUCUCUUUUAAUAUUUUAUUCCUUUUCACUCCCAAUCUGUUUCUCUUUAACUCGACAGUUUAACCUUAUCUUUAUUUUCAUUAUCCUUUUGCAAUAAAGUUCAAUUAACUAAGCAUUUA